AUGGAGAUCGCGCUGGUGACUCUGGAGAACGGCGGCACCACGGCCAUCGCGGGCGGCGACGAUGCCGCGGCCGCCGGCGGCCGGGCGCGCUGGCGGGGCAACUUGCUGCACCUCGCCGGCUCGCCGCAGCUGAGCGACAGCAAGGAGAGCGCCCCGCCGGCCCCGCCGCCGCCGCCCGCGGGGGACGAGGAGCGGGAGCGGCCCCCGCCGGGUCCCCGCGCAGGAGGCGGCGCGGGCGGCCCCGACGAGCGGCCGGCGGAGCCCCGCGCAGCCCCCGCGCCGCCGCCGCGGCCGCCGCCCCGCGCCCCGCGCCCCGCCGCGGACAUGGGGCCGUCCGAGGAAGGGGGACACCGCCGGGGCAUGGCCAUGGCGGCGGCGGGCGACGAGGAGGAGGAGGCGGCGGCGGCGGCCAACCCGGGCGCCAUGCACCACCAGCGGGUGCUGAUCAACAUCUCGGGGCUGCGCUUCGAGACGCAGCUGGGCACCCUCAACCAGUUCCCCGACACGCUGCUGGGGGACCCCGACAAGCGCAUUCGCUACUUCGACCCGCUCCGCAACGAGUACUUCUUCGACCGCAACCGGCCCAGCUUCGACGGCAUCCUCUACUUCUACCAGUCCGGGGGCAAGCUCCGCCGGCCCGUCAAUGUCUCCAUCGACGUUUUCGCCGACGAGAUCCGCUUCUACCAGCUGGGUGAGGAGGCCAUGGAGCGCUUCCGGGAGGACGAGGGCUUCAUCAAAGAAGAGGAGAAGCCCCUGCCCCGCAAUGAGUUCCAGCGCCAGGUCUGGCUCAUCUUUGAGUACCCCGAGAGCUCCAGCUCAGCCCGGGCCAUCGCCAUCGUCUCCGUGCUGGUCAUCCUCAUCUCCAUUAUCACCUUCUGCCUGGAGACCCUGCCCGAGUUCAGGGACGAGAGGGAGAUGCCCAUACCCCUGCCCCCACAAGGUGGAGGUUUGAAUGGCACGCCCGGGGACUCCCCACCCAUGCAACCACCCAGUAGCCUGGCUGACCCCUUCUUCAUCAUCGAGACCACCUGUGUGAUCUGGUUCACCUUUGAGCUCCUCGUGCGCUUCUUCGCCUGCCCCAGCAAGCCCGAGUUCUCCCGCAACAUCAUGAACAUCAUCGACAUCGUGGCCAUCAUCCCCUACUUCAUCACCCUGGGCACCGAGCUGGCCCACGAGCAGCAGCAGCCCGGGGCUGGCAGUAGCAAUGGGGGUGGGGGCCAGCAGCAAGCCAUGUCCCUGGCCAUCCUCAGAGUCAUCCGCCUGGUCAGAGUCUUCAGGAUCUUCAAGCUCUCCAGGCACUCCAAGGGACUGCAGAUCUUGGGACAGACUUUGAAAGCCAGCAUGAGGGAGCUGGGCCUCCUCAUCUUCUUCCUCUUCAUCGGGGUGAUCCUCUUCUCCAGCGCCGUUUACUUUGCUGAGGCCGAUGACCCCGAGUCUCAUUUCUCCAGCAUCCCUGAUGCUUUCUGGUGGGCUGUGGUAACCAUGACUACUGUGGGCUAUGGGGACAUGAGACCUGUCACUGUGGGGGGCAAGAUUGUGGGCUCCUUGUGUGCCAUCGCGGGUGUGCUCACCAUUGCCCUGCCUGUCCCUGUCAUCGUGUCCAACUUCAACUACUUCUACCACCGAGAGACUGACCACGAAGAGCAGGCUGUCCUCAAAGAUGAACACAGUAGUGCUCAGGGCAGCACUGCGGGGGGAGAAGUGAAGAGAAGACCCAGUAAAAACUCUCUGAACAAAUCUGUUGUGCACUUGGAAAACAGUGAGGAGUUCAACAAUGGCACCAGCUCCUUAGAGAAAGCCAAUAUCAAAGCAAAAAGUAACGUAGAUCUCAGAAAAUCCCUCUAUGCUCUCUGUCUGGACACCAAUAGGGAAACAGACCUGUGAGGAGAGGAGACAGUUAGAGUUCAGAGGGGCAGAAGGAUUUCCUGGUGUCAGAAACUUGCUACUAUAAUUAUUCUUUUAGUACCAAUUAGUUUUUUAAGUCAGGCUGUAUUUUAUAAAUUGAUCGCUGUCCUGAGCAGUCCUCCAGGAAUACAUGUUUUUAUGUUCUUUUUCCAUGACACAAAGGGUCACCUAUUUUUAAAAUAGACUAAGAAUAAGCUACACUCCAUGAUGCAGGAGCUGGUAAAUUAUGACAGUGAAAAAUCUAAUUUGUAGAAACUUAUUUUAGCAAAUGGUCAUUGAUUUUGAAUGGGUAAUUUGUAACCAA